AUGGUCUGCAGCGCCUGCGGAAAGUGCGGCAAUAGCGUUGCAACUCGUAUUUCAUACGCCCUGCUACUACUGGUCAACUCUAUUCUCUCCUGGGUCAUGCUCACCCCAUGGGCUGUCCACAAGCUACAGAAUCUCACGUUCGAUUAUGUAAAGAUCAACUGCCCCAAUGGCGAGUGUUACGGCUGGCUCGCUGUACAGAGAAUCAACUUCGCCCUUGGGCUGUUUCACCUCAUACUUGCAGCUCUGCUUUUUGGUGUCAACUCCUCCAAAAGUCCUCGUGCCACCCUGCAGAACAGGUACUGGGGACCAAAAAUCGUCACAUGGGCUGCAUUUAUCGUCAUGGCCUUUUUAAUUCCUGACAGAUUCUUCCUUGUAUACGGCAACUAUGUCUCCCUCGUUUUCGCAAUGGUCUUCCUCAUCCUCGGACUUGUUCUUCUCGUUGACCUUGCUCACACUUGGGCCGAAUACUGCCUUGCUCAGAUUGAGGACACUGAUUCAAGAGUCUGGCGAUUCGUCCUCAUCGGAUCUACCCUGUCUAUGUAUCUGGCUUCUGUUGCUAUGACGGCUGUGCAGUAUGCAUUCUUUGCUCGUCAUAACUGCGUUAUGAAUCAGGCUGUUAUCACCAUCAACCUUCUUCUCUGGAUCAUUAUUUCAGUCAUUUCGGUCAACCCCACCAUACAGGAGUACAACCCUCGCGCUGGCCUUGCCCAGGCAGCCAUGGUAGCUGUCUACUGUACCUAUCUCACAAUGUCGGCCGUGUCUAUGGAGCCCGAUGACAACCAAUGUAAUCCUCUCGUUCGGGCCCAGGGAACGAGGACCACCUCGGUUGUUAUUGGGGCGAUAGUCACAAUGGUCACCGUUGCCUACACCACAACGCGCGCCGCUACCCAGAGUUUGGGUCUUGGUGACUCGUCAAAUGGCAGGAUCAGGCUUCAGGAUGGAUACGAUCAUGAUUUGGUCACGCAACAGCCCACUGCCCGGCGUGAGAUGAGAGCGGAAGCCCUGCGCCGCGCCGUCGAUGAGGGAAGUCUACCAGCUGAUGCCCUCUUGUCUGAUGACGAGAGUGAGGCAGGUGGAGAUCCAAUGAAUGACGAUGAGCGAGACUGCACCCAGUAUAACUAUACUGUUUUCCACAUUAUCUUCUUUCUAGCCACAGCAUGGGUGGCCACCUUGCUCACUCUUAGAGUGAAGGCGGAUUCUGAUGCCGGAAGCGACUUUUCCCCAGUCGGCCGAACUUAUGCCGCGAGCUGGGUCAAAAUUGCUUGUGCUUGGCUGUGCCAUGGCUUAUAUCUCUGGACUUUAGUGGCCCCUGUCCUAUUGCCUGAUCGAUUUGAACUAUCCUAG